GCUCGGCGCUUGCAAUCCGACGGCAACGCGCAGAGUGUCAUCAACCUGAGGCAUUGCGCCGCUACCUGGGGAGACAUUAGGCAGACACCCGUGUGUUGCAGAAGCAAUCCCAGGAAUCUGGCAAGAGCGAUGUGUUCCAAGUGGAGCCGAGUAGCCAGCAGCUUAGGAAUGAGAUGCGAAACCACAACCACGCGAAUCCAGGGCGGGGAAUUCGCACAGGUCAACGAGUUCCCUCAUAUGGUCGCCAUUGUGGAUCCCACCAGAAGCUUAAACGCUUUCUGUGGCGGGACGCUUAUUUCAGAGGAUUACGUCAUAACUGCCGCCCACUGCGUCGACAGCUUCUUCUCGCGAUACUCCGUCCGCGUCGGCAUCGUCAACCUUAAAGAGGAGGAUUCGCAGACCAUUCAAGUGCUGAGGACCAUCCGGCACCCGCUGUACAAGGCUCCUGCUUCGUACCAUGACAUCGCUUUACUGCAGCUGGCGACCAAGGUACAACUGUCGAAACGCGUGAUGCCUGCCUGUCUGCCGACCGUUAACGGACGUCUAGGCGAGGGAAGAAUUCUUACUGUUGCUGGCUGGGGCCGUACUGAAACAGCUGACAUCUCCAACGUGUUACUGAAGGGCUUCGGGAGAACAUUAUCUCGCUUUAAGUGUGACGAUGCACUAGACACAGGUGGACUCAAUAGUGAGUUUUACAGAGCAGGAAUUACAGACUCCAUCAUCUGUUUGGAUGAAAGCAGUUCGGGUGCUUGCCAGGGUGACAGCGGUGGUCCUCUCACAGGCGAAAUCCCCUCAACGUGCCAACAUGUCGUCUUUGGCGUCGUGUCCAAAGGCUCCCCAAGCUGCCAGGCAACAACUGUGCCUGGAAUUUACACCAACGUUGAGCACUACAUUCAAUGGAUUGUUGAUAACGUUUGGCCCGAGGAAAAUCUUUAACGACAAGCACUUUGGUAGAAACCCACACGUUGCAUCAACUAGAUUUAUUGAAAUGAUUGAGACAACAGUUUCGGAAUCCUCCUGAAAUCCAUCUUAAGAUCUAAAGGUAGAUUCCAGGAUUGCGAAACUGUUAUCUCCAUGAUUUCAAUAAAUCUUUCAUGUGCGUUGCGGGGUUUUCUACCAUAGUAUCAACAUGGAGGGUUUUUCCAUUCAGCAAGUACUUUCAAAAUUUACUCUACAUUACGGAAGAGAUUAUAGUUGUAUGUAAUAUUUUGAUUAGAUUAUUUAAAGAGUAUAUUCCUGUCUUUUGGAGACUAAAUAAAUCGGUCAGAUUUUGACCAUCAUAAUAUAUUGAAUAAAAAAUAGAUACUGGGUGAAGUGCAUACAUGAUUUUGAACGCAUGUGAAAGGUUAUUUUGUAUAGACAGUAUUAUUGAGACAAAUGUGCUAAUUGAUUACCUUAAAGUCAAGAAGAUAAUUGCCAGUCUAACAUUUUGCAAAGAUCACCUAAUAUGAUGAACAUCUAAUGGCAAUUAACUUAUUGACAAUAAUCUACUAAUUAGCAGAGGUUCCUCUGAAUCAAAACUACAGAUCAGUUUUCUUUCACAACAAAGUGUACGCUGAAGGCCACUCACAACUCUCAUUAUUAUUAUUAUAAA